GUCGCCCGCCGGCUCGCUCACCAGCUCGCGGGGCCCGCCGCCCGCCGCCCGGCUCUGGGCCGCUCGCAGCUCCGGCGCUCCGGCGCUGUUCAGGCUCCGGAGGACAGACCGAGGGACCGGCCGGCCGAGCCCAGGGCCGCCUGCGGAAGCAGGGCCCAGGAUGGCGCUCUCAGAAGCAGCGUUCAUUGUCUUCUCCCUCCUGCAAGCCGUCUUCUCUCUGAACCCUGAAGACCCCAAUGUAUGCAGCCACUGGGAGAGCUACGCCGUGACUGUCCAGGAAUCGUACGCACACCCCUUCGACCAGAUCUACUACACGCGAUGCACAGACAUCCUCAAUUGGUUCAAGUGCACCAGGCACCGGAUCAGUUACAAGACGGCGUAUCGGCGUGGUCUCCGGACCAUGUACCGGCGGAGGUCCCAGUGCUGCCCUGGCUACUACGAGAGCGGAGACUUCUGCAUACCCCUGUGCACCGAGGAGUGUGUGCAUGGCCGCUGUGUUUCCCCGGACACCUGCCACUGUGAGCCUGGCUGGGGAGGGCCCGACUGCUCUAGCGGCUGCGACAGCGACCACUGGGGCCCGCACUGCAGCAACCGGUGCCAGUGCCAGAACGGGGCCCUGUGCAACCCCAUCACGGGUGCUUGCGUGUGUGCUGCUGGCUUCCGGGGCUGGCGCUGUGAGGAGCUCUGCGCGCCUGGGACCCAUGGCAAGGGCUGCCAGCUGCCAUGCCAGUGCCGCCAUGGCGCCAGCUGCGACCCCCGCACGGGCGAGUGCCUCUGCGCCCCGGGCUACACCGGAGUCUACUGUGAGGAGCUGUGCCCACCUGGAAGCCACGGGGCUCACUGUGAGCUGCGCUGCCCCUGCCAGAACGGGGGCACCUGCCACCACAUCACUGGCGAGUGUGCCUGCCCCCCAGGUUGGACGGGAGCAGUGUGUGCUCAGCCCUGCCCACCAGGAACAUUCGGCCAGAACUGCAGCCAGGACUGUCCCUGCCACCAUGGAGGGCAGUGUGAUCAUGUGACAGGACAGUGCCACUGCACAGCUGGGUACAUGGGGGACAGGUGCCAAGAGGAAUGCCCCCUCGGGACCUUCGGCUUCCAGUGCUCACAGCGCUGUGACUGUCACAACGGGGGCCAGUGCUCACCUGCCACUGGCGCCUGCGAAUGUGAGCCUGGCUACAAAGGUCCACGCUGCCAGGAGCGGCUGUGCCCUGAGGGCUGGCACGGCCUAGGCUGCACCUUGCCCUGCCCCUGUGAUGCCGACACCACCAUCAGCUGCCACCCAGUGACUGGCGCUUGCACCUGCCAGCCAGGCUGGUCUGGCCACCACUGCAACGAGUCCUGCCCUGCUGGCUUCUACGGCAAUGGCUGCUGGCUGCCCUGCACCUGCCAGAAUGGCGCCGACUGCCACAGCAUCACCGGGAGCUGCACUUGUGCCCCAGGCUACAUGGGAGAGGUCUGUGCAGUUUCCUGCGCAGCAGGGACCUACGGCCCCAACUGCUCGUCUGUCUGUAGCUGUAACAAUCGUGGCACCUGCUCCCCAGUAGAUGGCUCCUGCACCUGCAAGGAAGGGUGGCAGGGCCUGGACUGUGCCUUGCCAUGUCCCAGUGGGACAUGGGGCCUGAACUGCAAUGAGAGCUGCACCUGUGCCAACGGGGCCGCCUGCAGCCCCACAGACGGCUCCUGCUCCUGCACUGCUGGCUGGCUGGGAGACACCUGCGAACUGCCCUGUCCGGAUGGCACAUUUGGGUUGAACUGCACUGAGCGCUGUGACUGCAGCCACGCUGAUGGCUGUGAUCCUGUCACAGGCCACUGCUGCUGCCUGGCGGGAUGGACAGGCAUCCGUUGCGACAGCACAUGUGCACCUGGUCGCUGGGGUCCCAACUGCUCUGUCUCCUGCAGCUGUGAGAACGGUGGAUCCUGCUCCCCAGAGGAUGGGAGCUGCGAGUGUGCCCCUGGCUUCAGAGGACCAUUAUGCCAGAGAAUCUGCCCCCCUGGGUUCUAUGGCCAUGGCUGCGCCCAGCCGUGCCCCCUCUGCGUGCACAGUAGUGGGCCUUGCCACCACGUCAGCGGCAUCUGUGAGUGCCUCCCUGGAUUCACUGGAGCCCUCUGCAACCAAGUGUGUGCUGGAGGGCACUUUGGGCAGGAUUGUGCCUGGCUCUGCUCCUGUGCCAAUAAUGGGACCUGCAGCCCCAUCGACGGCUCCUGCCAGUGCUUCCCCGGAUGGAUUGGCAAGGACUGCUCACAGGCUUGCCCACCUGGGUUCUGGGGCCCCGCCUGCUUCCACACAUGUAGCUGCCACAACGGGGGGAGCUGCAGCGCUGAGGAUGGGGCCUGCCACUGCACCCCUGGCUGGACUGGACUCUUUUGCACACAGCGCUGCCCAGCAGCGUUUUAUGGGAAGGACUGUGGGCGCGUGUGCCAGUGUCAGAAUGGCGCCAGCUGUGACCACAUCAGUGGCCAGUGUACCUGCCGUACGGGCUUCACCGGGCGACACUGUGAACAGAGAUGUGCCCCAGGGACCUUUGGCUACGGGUGUCAGCAGCUGUGUGAAUGCAUGAACAAUGCCACCUGUGAUCACGUCACCGGCACCUGUUACUGCAGCUCUGGAUUCAAGGGAAUCAGGUGUGACCAAGCUGCCCUCAUGAUGGAAGAGAUGAAUCCCUACACCAAGAUCAGCCCAGCGCUGGGUGCAGAGCGCCACUCAGUGGGUGCUGUCACAGGCAUCAUCCUCUUGUUGUUCCUCAUUGUGGUGCUCUUGGGUCUGUUUGCCUGGUGCCGGCGGCGGCAGAAAGAGAAGGGCCGUGACCUGGCUCCCCGUGUCUCCUACACACCUGCCAUGAGGAUGACCAGCACUGACUACUCUCUCUCAGAUUUGUCUCAAAGUAGCAGCCAUGCCCAGUGCUUUUCCAAUUCCAGCUACCACGCACUGGUGGGGCCUGCCACCAGCCAGGCCAGCACUCUGGACAGGAACAGUCCCACCAAGCUCAGUAACAAGUCCCUUGACAGAGACACAGCAGGCUGGACCCCCUACAGCUUUGUGAACGUGUUAGACUCCCAUUUCCAGAUCAGUGCCCUGGAGGCCAAGUACCCGCCCGAGGACUUCUACAUUGAACUUAGACACCUCAGCCGCCCCGCUGAGCCACACUCACCAGGUACCUGUGGAAUGGAUAGACGUCAGAACACAUACAUUAUGGACAAAGGCUUCAAAGAUUACAUGAAAGAAUCCGCGUGCAGUUCUAGCACUUGUUCUUUGAAUAGCAGUGAAAACCCUUAUGCUACAAUUAAGGACCCACCCAUCCUCACCUGCAAGCUUCCAGAAAGCAGCUAUGUAGAAAUGAAGUCGCCUGUGCACAGGGGCUCUCCGUACAUAGAUGUGCCAUCCUUGUCGACAUCUAAUAAAAAUAUAUAUGAAGUUGAGCCCACAGUCAGUGUGGUCCAAGAAGGCCGUGGUCAUAACUUCAGCUAUAUCCAGAAUCCAUACGACCUACCUAGGAACAGCCAUAUUCCUGGUCACUAUGACCUCCUCCCAAUAAGACAAAGCCCUGCCAAUGGGCCCUCCCAGGACAAGCAGUCUUAAGAGGGAUAAGCUACUCUCUUGCAAUGUGCUCUGCUGAAUAUUCUGACUCUCUGAAAGAAGACAAUCCCUUAACUUGAAAUAAUGAUACAGACUGACUCCAGCUGCAUGUUAGUUAUUACUUUCACCUGGAACUAAAGAAGAGCUUCCAAGUGGGACUGGGGUAAUUGCUCAAAAGGUCGUUCACAAAGGCAACUCCUAUCACCCAUUUACCCCAACCCCAAAUGCCCUGUAUUAUAUGAUCUUUUAAAACAUUUAAGGUACAGCUACUCAUCAACAUCAGCUAAAUAUAUAUAUUUAUAUAUAUAAUUAUCUGAAACAUGAUGCUUAAAAACUAUGUAGAAUAGGUUUGAGGAGAAAAGGGGACUGGGGAGGGGAGAGGAUUACUUUAAAGCACCUGAAAUGUAUAUGUACUUUUGGUUGCUGUUACCAUCAACAUCUGUUUUUUAUCACCUAAGAUAAUUAGUACAUAGACACAAACUGUACUAAUUUCAAUCCUGAAGUACCUGUACAUAUAUGUCUGGUCCAUCAAAUUACAGCAGCCAAGAUCACAGAGUUUAGUAUAUAGUCUAAUGCUGACAUUUUCAAUUUUUAAAAAAUGAGACUUCAAUAAAUACAAAUUAACUUUCUCUCUUCUGCCCCUGGUGGUAGUAGGAGAAAAAAAAAGUUUCAAAAGUACAGCUGUCUCUUUCAGACUAUGACAAUGAUUUCUAGGCCAGAUUUACCAAAUCUUGCCAAUUCAAAGUUCAAGAACACUGCAAGUCAGUCCUGGCCUUGUCAUAUCUCCUUAGUCCAUUCACUCCUGAGUUAUUCCAUGUGAAACAGAACUCUGAGAUGAUGCUUUAAGCAAGCACAGACCGGUAAGAAUUAAGUAUCCUAAAAAUGGCUACUUAGCCUCCCAAAAUUAUCUGGUUGGCAUUCCUUGAUUCAGAGGAAGCACUUCUCUAUAAAUAUUGAGCUUGACAUAGUAUGGAACCUUAAGGUAUGGAGGAAAUUAGACAAAAGUGGAUACUGCAAAAGUUUAAACUGCUUGAAGUACAUCAUGCUUUUUGAUGGAACUAAAGGAAAUGAUGGAAGACUAUCCUGUAAUCAGUUGUAAUAAUGUAAGAACUUUAUAUAGACAGCAUAUAAGGAUAUAAGGUACUCCUAUCUUCUACAUUAAAAUGACCACUGAGAUGGCCAAAAAUGUAUUACAAUGAGCUAAAGCUCCAGAACCCAGUAUUCAGAUCUAUUUAUACCUUCCGCUACUAAUGAACACAGGUAAACUGGGAGACAAUUCUCAAGCCCUAAAAAGAUGACCUCCUCACAAGAAUUAAAAGACUAAAAGGGCAAACUGAGGAAAUUAAUGGCCAUCCCUGUUCCACUCCAUUCUCUGGUUAAGUCUAGCCAGUAAAAAAUGCUUCCAGAAAGGUACACAGAAGAGG